GUUUGGUAUUGUUUGGCAGGCCUGUCGACUUGUGUUUAACACCAAGCACAAUAAUACGAGUACAUCAAUUGCUAUUGAUUUACUGCGAUGACUCGAGGAAAUCAACGAGACACGGAUCGGGCAAAGGCCGCAAAGAAGCAGGCUGCCUUGAACAAAUCCAAAGCAAAGGAAAGUAAUACAUCGCUGGCAAAGCGCAAAGAAGCUGAUGCAGAAAUUCUAAGAGCGAAACAGAAGAAACGAGACGAAGAGAAGGCUGCAGAAGCCGCAGGAAACGCAGCAAAAUCGAUUAAAUAACACGAGUCUUGUGACUCAGAUCCUGACCGUGGUCUCUGAUUGUUAUCACUUGGAGACUUUUGGUGGGAGCGUCUAUCUGUUCAUAUCCUCCUCAGUACCGUCGCCUUACUUCCAUAGCGUUUGAUAUUGCACUGUAUCGUCUUGAUCUCAACCUGCGCUCGACUGCGAUACUUACGCGAUGGGAUACAUUAAUUUCGGACCCAGCCAUAUCAAAUCUCAACAUUGUAUUCGUCAGCUCUCUGUCUCCGACUAGUAUCUAAUCAUAAACAAUGUAAAUUCAUAGCAUCAAAA